CUCUUAUUGCCUGGCAUUCUGAGAGUCACAAUGGCCCAGGUAUUGGUCCGGAACCCUGCAUGUUCAUCCUGCAUUUUCCAAGCAGAGAAAACCAGCCCGUUGAAAAUAUCCUGCCAAGUCAUUUGGGGAUUUGUGGCAGAAACUCCAGUCUUGUGUCUGGACAUGGACCAUUUCUGGGGAAAACUGAGAGCUUUGCUAAAAGGAAGAGGGGAAAGCGGGGGCGCAUGUAUCCAGUGAUAUUUUCCCAUCUGGUACUUUGUAGAAGCCUUGCUCCCAGUAUGUACCUAAUUAAGGCUCCACAGACCUACGAGGCCCCAAGAGAGAGUGGUUACAUCAGUGCAGUCCUCAGCAGAACUGAGGAAAGAGCUUCAUCGUCCAAAACUGAGGAAAUGCCCAGAUUAACACAGAGGGUUUCUGUGUCUCCUGAAUACCUUCUUCUUCCCCCUCGCCAUGGUGGGUGUGACAAGAUCAGCUGGCUUCCAGAAGGCAAGGUGUUCAGUCAUGUUCAAAGAGAGAAGAUUAGCUCCAAGUUUUUUACGGAAAUCAUUCUAAAGAAAGUGUUCCGUUCACAACAAAUGAGGUGGGAGGGGUCUGACGACCAGAAAGGGACUUCAGGUUACACCUUUCCUGGCACCAGAAAGCCGACGACGGACCUGAAACUGACCGGAUGGGCUUGGUGUCAACAAGGAUGCCUCUUCUUCUAUGUUAAUAUAUUGUACAAGCAUAGAUAUAACUUUACAUGUAUCAAUGCGUAUGUAUUUUAGCUUAGUCUGGAGGACUACGUACCGGGCGGUGCUCCUGGCUUGA